GAUUAACAUGAAGACAAAAUCAAAAAAUGAAGAGAAAGUAGAAACUUCAGAUGGAGAAAUUGUCAUUAAGAAGCCAAAGCUGUUGUCUCUUGGAAGAAGAAAGAAGCAUGGAGAUAAAUUAGGUACAGUUGAAUUGAGUAAUGAAGAUGGCUUCAUGACAGAUGAAGAGGAUGGUGACAAAGAAGGCCAGUAUGAGGGAUGUAAACACUUUGAAGUUGAAUCAAAACAUAUCAAAGAAGUUCAGACCAAAAAACUGCAUGUACAAGACAGAGUAAAAACACCAGUUUCAAUCAGAAAGAGAAAGAUGCUUAAAAAGAGAACAAUCAAAAUCAAAGUAGAGGUUAAAGUAAAAAAUAAACCUGGUACAGUCAAAGUAAGAUUAGAAGAUACUGCAAAAUUGGCAAAAAAGAAAAAGAUGUUAAAAAAGAAAAAAGAAAUGAAAAAGUUGCUUGAGACAAAAGGCAGUAGUAAAGAGAACACAAAAUUGCAAAGCUUUAAGUUGGAAGAAAGAACGAAACAAGAUCCAUCUAAUGUAGUUAUUAAAACAGAAAAUAUUUCAGAAGAUGAGAAGCAACUAAAAUCACAUGAAACAAAAAUUGUAAAUGUGAGAAAACGGGGGAGGCCAAGCAAAGUUGAAAAAGUAGAAGAGAAUGAAAACUUAUCAAGUCUAGGAACAGAAACUAAAUUGAAAAAAGAAAGAAAAAGAAAAGAAGAGAAAACAAAUCAAGAAGAAGAUCCUAAUAUAGACACCAGAAAAAAGAAGAAAACCACAAAUGAUGAUAAGAUUGAUCUCCAUCUAUCAAUCUCAGAAGGAAAGACAGAAAAUAUUGAUGUUGAUGUUGAUGAAAAGGAAUCAAAGAAAACCUUAGAUGGAAAAAAGAAAAAAGCUGAUAAUACAGAUAAUAGAGAAAAGGACACAAGUGCAAACUUAAAAGAAAAGAAAAAGAAAAAGAAAACUGAAGAGUUCUCUGAGGUAGUAGUUGAUGAGAGAAAAGUAGACCUGAAUCAAGAAAAGUUUGUUGGAGCUCAUGUAUCAAUUGCAGGAGGAAUAUACAAGUCUGUGUUGGAAGCUGUAGCUAUGAAGUCUUUUGCAUUUGGUUUGUUUUUGAAAUCACAAAGACAGUGGGCUUGUAAACCUUUAGAAGACAAAGCAGCUGAAAAAUUCAGGGAAACCUGUCAGGUAUAUGGAUUUCUGCCUCAAUACAUUGUACCUCAUGGUUCAUACCUGAUGAACCUAGGCUCACCUGAUGAAAAUACAUUGCAGAAAAGUAGAGAGUUGCUGAUCGAUGACUUGCAAAGAUGUGAAAAGUUAGGAUUAACAAUUUUUAAUUUCCAUCCAGGUUCAACAUGUGGAAAAAUAAGUGUAGAAAAAUGUCUGGAUAACAUUGCAGCCAGCAUAAAUUUUGCCCAUUCUAAAGCCAGUGGUGUUAUUACAGUUCUUGAGAACAUGAGCUGUCAAGGACAUACAAUUGGAGGAAAGUUUGAGGAACUGAGAGGAAUUAUAGACAGAGUGAAGGACAAAUCAAGAAUGGGUGUAUGUCUAGAUACCUGUCAUGCUUUUGCUGCUGGAUUUGACCUCUCUACGGAAGAAGGGUUCAAUCAGAUGUUAUCAGAUUUUGAAUCAAUAGUUGGGUUCCAGUAUUUAAAAGCUUUGCAUAUAAAUGAUUCAAAAGGUAAGCUUGGCUGCCAUCUUGAUCGUCAUGAAAAUAUUGGGAAAGGUCACAUUGGAAAGGCUGGAUUUAAUCGAAUUAUGAACUGUCCAAAGUUUAACCACAUUCCAAUGAUUUUGGAAACUCCCUGUGCUGACAAUGAUUCGUAUGCUAAGGAAGUGAACAUGUUGUAUACUAUGUGUAAUACCUGAUAAGUUGAAGUCAGCAUGGAAAACCAAUCCUUUAAAUGUGCCAUAUGUUUUCUUUACCAAUAAUACCAGAUGUGUAUCAGUGCUACUUUAAACUGUUAAAAUAUAUGUUUAUUGUAAAUGUGUUAUAUUAUAUAUUCUGAAAGAUCAGAUUUUGUGUUAUAUGUUAUAUUCUGAAAGAUCAGAUUUUGUGUUAUAUAUUAUAUUCUGAAAGAUCAGAUUUGGCAAAUAUCAUUUUUAUUUUACAGAUUUAGAAAUUCAUCUAUAGGAUGACUGAGUAUGAAAUCAUUUAUAAGAUUAUUCAUUUGUAACUUUUGAAGAAGACUGGGUAUGUCUCCCCUUUUUUGAAGUGAGUUGUAAUGUUCAUGAAUUAUUUCUUCUCAUAGUUCUUCUGGAUUUCGGGACAUUUUUGUGUCGGCAAACAAUUUUCUUUAUAGUCUGAUAUAAGAUUAUGAUAUUUGGUACAUGGGUGCACUACCUCAAUUAUGUGUCAAGUACCAUGGAAAGUGAUGAUCAUGACCUUGACCUUUGGCCUCUUGGUCAAAUAACUAAUUUAAGCAACAUUUUUAAGUCCACUCCAAAACCAUAUAUUUACAAUAGCCUUAGAAACCUGGUGGGGGUAUGCAUAACCCCUUUAUAUAAAUAUAAUUAUCCAAAAAAUGGUUCAAAUUCCCACCUCUAAACCAUAUAUAUUAAUUGCUUUGAUUAUAGAUUUGUAGUCUACUACAGGUUCUGUUCCUGGGGACUAGCUGCCCCACCCUUUCAUAUCAUUUACUGUUAAAUAUCAAGAAAAAUAUUCAGAACCCCACUCUGUAACUAUAAUAUUUUUGAUUGCCAUGGCAAGACAACAACAGUGCACCAUAGGUUUUGUCCUUGGGAGUCAUGUUCACUCCCUAUUUAGUAAAUUGUUAAAAAAUCACUACUAGUUCAGAUCCACAUCCCAUAACCAUUCUGAAUUUCCAUUACAAGACCUUUUAAGUGCAUAGAUUCAUAGAUUUUAUCUAAUCAUAAAUUUUAUCUAUUUAAGAUUUCCAUCCAAUAACCAUAUAUGUAUAUUUUCUUUUCUGGAACAAUUCUAUAAAUGAAGGAGAGACAUUAGUUUUAGUCUUCCAAAAUAGUUCUACUUAGUUACGUAAAAAAGAACAAUAAAAAUCUUACAAAUAGAUAUCUCAGUUCUUCUAAAGGUUAUAGAUUUAAUUAAGAACAAAUAAAAUCAUCAGACAUGAACAAACAUAGAUUUAUUCAA